CCUUUUGGUAACCCAACCGCACCUCUUCCGAGUCCCAGAUCCCGAACACACUAAAACCCUUCCGACGUGGCAGCACCCAAUUGGCUCCAGGAAAUCAACGGCGCACAUGAGGAGAGGACGCGACAGGUAGUUCGAUCGUACGGCACGGAAUAGAGGACCGCUCAAACCUCAGUGGAAACGACUUCGUACACUGCCACCGAGGUCUGUAGAACAGUGAGAGUGAAGAGAGAGAGAUGUAAUAUAAACACAGCUCGCACCAUUCUACUCUCUCCAAGAAGAUCGAUCAACCACCUCUCUCUCCCACACUUUUUUUUUCGCUUUCGCUAUUUCGUUAGUGAAUGUUAUUACUACACUUAUGGAUCCGGGCGCGAUGAUGAACGAGGGUUCCUUUGCCAAUAAUGGGACCGCCAAUACGGCGCCGUAUAGCUUGGCGGAGAUCUGGCAGUUUCCGCAACCGAUUAAUGGCGCCGGGGGAUUGGGACUCAGAACGCCGCAGUUCGGACAUGGGCCCGGGCCCGGCCCCUUUGCGGAUUUCGCUGCCCAUGGGCUUGGGCCCAGUAAUAGCACCAGGAAAAGGCGCGACUCCGAGGACGAUUCCACUAAGGGCGUGUCCACCAGCAAUGCGGUGAAUGAGGGCGAUGGAAAACGCGUUAAGGCAACAGGGAAUAGUGGCGGUGAUGGUAAUAACAAAGGUGAAGGAGAAGUCAGUUCAGGAAAGCCUGCGGAGCAAAGCGCUAAGCCACCUUCGGAGCCUCCCAAGCAAGAUUACAUUCACGUUCGGGCCAGAAGGGGUCAAGCCACUGAUAGCCAUAGUCUUGCAGAACGAGCUAGAAGGGAAAAAAUUAGCGAGAGGAUGAAAAUUCUUCAGGAUUUGGUACCUGGUUGUAAUAAGGUUAUUGGGAAAGCAUUGGUUCUUGAUGAGAUAAUUAAUUAUAUUCAAUCUCUUCAACGCCAAGUUGAGUUUUUGUCAAUGAAGCUUGAAGCAGUGAAUUCAAGACUGAACUCUGGUAUUGAAGCGUUUCCUCCUAAAGAUUUUUUGUUCCAGUUUGGUCAGCAAACAUUUGAUCCAGCUGGCUUACCAUUUGGUUCACAAGCGCCAAGAGAGUAUAGCAGAGGUUCUUCACCAGAGUGGUUACAUAUGCAGGUAGGAGGUGGUUUUGAAAGAACAACGUAGUCAAUGAGAUCCCUUCCCCCGAUAAUAAAUACAUAAACCAGCUGUAUUCCGACCUUCAGUAGCUCCCCAGAAAACAUCAAUGAUAUACUCAAGGAAGCAAGUCCAAUGGACACAUCAUUCCCAUUUUCUACACUAGGCAUGGAGCUGUUACUAUUUUUCACAGGACUGCUUCUGUUUUUAUUUAAGCAUCUCCAUAUGUUGGCGUGGUGGAAAAUGAAUUCAUUUACUCAAUAUGUAGUAUAGUGAACUUUUAGGCUUUGUAUUUUGGUACUGAACAUAACCCUUAAAAUGAUCAUUCUUGUAAAAGAAUGCUGCUUCUCCCUAAUACACGAUGCUUACAUUUUGUGUAAUAGUCUCAAUAUUGGUGUUUGUUUGUGAAGCAAAUGUUGAAUAAACGAACCUAAUACAAUUUUGCUUUUGGCCCUUA